AUGUCAAGAGCCCUUGAUAAAGAUGCUGCUGCAUCUAUUAAAGCUGGCGAAGCUCAAAAGUUUUACAACGACAUUGUGCAGAUACUUAGCCUCAACACCAGUUCUGAUUCUUUACCUCAUAAACUAUUGGACAUUGAACUUCUUGGGAAAGGACAAUUACCAGAUGGUGUCAAUUCGUUGAUUCUCCAGAACAGCGUUGGUAUAAGGAAAGAUCAACUUGUUCAAGCAUUUGUUGUUGCUCGCCAGGUGUUUUUCAAGAUCAAAGAUCUGGGUCCCGAUUAUUCACAGGAGAUUCGGGAUGCUACUGCUGUCAUUCUUCUUACCGAUCCGGAACAUUUAACGGCGUGUAACGCUCGAAAACGACUUUUACAACAUAUUCUAAACACAUCGGCCACUACACGUGUGCUUGAAACAGCUGUGAAGAGGGAGCUAUAUUUCAUCGAUAGUCUUUUAACAUCUCACCUCAAUCGUCAUACAAAGUCGCCGACGCUAUGGAGUCAUCGGAGAUGGCUUUUUGAGAUUCGUCAGUCUAUGCAUCUACCCCAUGAUGUACUUGGCGACCUUACAUCGAUUGUUAUGGUGGCGGCUGAGAGACAUCCCCGCAAUUAUUACGCGUUUUCUCACAUGAGAUGGCUGGUAGAAUCGGUAGAGGGGGGGCUUAGUGCUUCUACCUACCUUGUUAUGAUAGACAAUGUAAAGAAGUGGUGUUUGAGGCAUCCAGGAGAUACCUCGGGGUGGUCUUUCCUUUUAUUCUGUCUAUCUUCUGAUACAAUUCUGAAAGCGUUGGAUCCGGUGGUCCGAACUUCCUUGAUAUGUGAAGAAGUUCUUGGAAUGGCUAUUUCACUAAGAUGGAAAGAGGAGUCCUUAUGGGUAUUUCUCAGGACUUUAGUGGCAUCUGGAAACGUAACAGAGAAGUGGAGAUUCACCUUUUUACAAACACUAGAAGAUUUGAAGAAUUCCCUAGAUGAUCCCAGAGGUCGACGAAUAACUCAAGCAGCCCUUGAAUGGUAUCUGGAAUAUGGAGAGAAAACCCAGUCGGUUGGUUGA